GCGUAUUCCGUUAUACGCGACGAAAAAAAUCCGUCUCUAGGAAAACACGCCUUUAUUGGUGUAGGUAACAAGCGUUCAUGCCGAAUCAGGACGUCAUGUCGACUGAAGAUAACUGUACCUACUUAUAUCAAGUCCUGAAACCGAAUAACAAACCCACUUCUAUCGGCCUUGACCGUAUUAUAGUGUGUUUUGCGCUCGCUAGACGAAUACCUACAUUAUUUCCAUCUUCUACCUCAUCUACUCAUAGAACUGACUCAUUGAUUUUGGAACAGAUUAUUAUGGCCUCGCCGGUUGUUGAAAUUGAGGAAGGGAAGCUGCGUGGCUUCAUCGGCUCUGAUAUAGAUGGAAAUCCAAUAUUAUCUUUUCUGGGUAUACCGUUCGGAAAACCUGCAAUUGGAGAUCUUCGAUUCAAGGCCCCCCAGCCUACUGAACCAUGGAGCGGUAUAUUAGAUGCCACCAAAGCUGGGCCGUGCUGUUAUCAUAUGAAUAUUCUCAAAAACGAAAUUCAAGGAUCUGAAGAUUGUUUGAAUUUGAAUGUUUUCACGAGACAGUUACCAACAAUAAAUAAUUCACUCAAACCCGUGAUGGUAUGGAUCCACGGAGGUGCAUUCUUACAUGGUUCAAACAGAACCGAAAUGUUUGGGCCAGAAUUUUUGUUGACGGCAGACGUAGUACUCGUUCUUGUUAACUAUCGUCUUGGUCUCCUUGGUUUCUUGAACCUUGAAGACCCUUCUUUGGAAGUAACUGGUAAUGCUGGGCUCAAGGAUCAAACUCUCGCGCUGAAGUGGGUCCAAAGAAACAUCAAGUUUUUCAAUGGAGAUCCAGAUAAUGUUACUCUGUUUGGAGAAAGUGCAGGUGCUGCCUCAGUUCAUUAUCAGCUGUUAUCGCCAUCUUGCAAAGGUCUCUUCCACAAAGUAAUCCUACAAAGUGGUAGUGCUUUGAAUCCAUGGGCCCAAACAAAACAUAGUGCACUAGAGUUCGUCAAAUUUAUGGGGGAAAAUGUAGAUAAUGAGAAAGAAGCGUUGCACUAUUUGAGAAAUGUUCCUGUAAAUGAUAUAUUGGUGAAUCAGAACAAAUUCAUUGAGUCACAUAAAACGAAGAUCAGUAUAAUUGGCCCGACUGUAGAGAAACCAAAUGGCACAGAAUUGAUAUCAGAGCGUCCCAUAGAUCAUAUCAAAUCUGGAAACUAUAAUCAGGUGCCAAUGAUGAUCGGGUACUGUUCGAAUGAGGGAUUAUUAGCAGCAACUGGUGAUGAAAUGUUCCAUGUUCCUUAUUCGAAAGGCGAAGAGCACAAUUUAGAUUUAUUUAUUCCUUGGUUUAUGGAAAUCCAGAAAGAAAGUACUGAAAGUGAACUGGUUUGCAGAAGGAUUGCUGAUGUUUAUUUGAAAGAAGAAAAUAUUAGUAAUAAGUUUCUGUUAACCUCGGAUUUCUAUUUCAUCUCUGGAAUUAUAGCGAGUGCGAUUCAACAUGCAAGAACAUCAACUUGUCCAGUUUAUUUAUACAGAAUGGACUUGGAUACAAAUAUCAAUUUCUUGAAAAUCUUGGCGAAUAUCAGAGAACAUCCAGGUAUGUGCCACGCUGAUGAUUUGGGUUAUAUUUUCAAUAUAACUUGUAUCCCUGGAAUGGAAAUUGGAGAUGUCGAACGUAGAGCAGUAAGGCGGUGUGUGGAGUUAUGGACAAAUUUUGCCAAAUAUGGAAAUCCCACACCAAAAAACAACAACUUGGAUGUCGAAUGGAAACCCAUUGAAGAGGAUCACCUCCAUUACUUGAAUAUCGGAAAUGAUGGACUUGUCAGUGAUAAGAAUCCAGAGUUAGAGAGAAUGAAUACGUGGAGGGAUAUUUACAGAAUUAGUCCCCAUACUUCUGGAUUUAUGUGAUGUGACUCAUGGAAUGAUGGUGCAUAAAUUAGAACAAGAGUCACUUGAUUGUUUUCGCUCAUUCAUCUAAAAUCAAAAAUUAUAUUAAGUAUUCUAACAA